AUGGACUUGUUCUUGCUCAUUUCUCUUCUUUCUCUUUCGUUUUUACUGCUUGUAAUUCACCAUGUAAGAGCAUUAUGUCAUAGUAAAAACCUUCCUCCAGGUCCCAGAGGCCUUCCUAUCUUCGGGAACCUCUUCGAUAUUGGCUCGAAACCUCACGAGUCAUUAGCCAAGCUUGCUCAACUAUAUGGUCCCCUAAUGACUAUAAAACUGGGAAGUGUCACUAGUGUAGUAGUAUCCUCACCAGAAAUGGCAAGACAAGUUCUGCAGAAGCACGAUGAGGCGUUUUCAGGCAGAGUGGUGCCUAAUUCCAUCACUGAACUAGAACAUUCAUCUCAUGCAGUGGCAUGGUUGCCAAUUGGUGAAGAAUGGAGACUCAUACGAAGAGUUUUAACUUCUUACUUGACUAACUCAAAAACACUGGACUUGUUGAGAGGUAUCAGACACGACGUGGUUCAAGAAAUGGUUUGCCAUCUCAAGGAUGUUUGUACAAAGGGAGAGAGUGUUGGAAUCAACAAGAUUGCCUUCACAACUAUCAUGAAUAUGAUGUCGAGGACGUGUUUUUCUGUGAAUGUGGAUGAGUAUGAGCUGGGAAAUGAGAAGGGUUUUAGGAAUGCAGUGACUACUAUAAUGAAGAUUACUGCGAAAUUCAAUAUUGCUGAUUAUUUCCCUUGUGUUAGAUGUGUGGAUCCUCAGAGAGCAAGGCAAAAGGCCAAGGCUGCUUAUGGAUGUCUUGAACAACUUUGUGAUUAUUUUAUUCACCAGAGGCUAAACCAGAGAAGCUCUGGUAUUUCAAGACGCGGAGAUAUAUUGGAUUCUUUGCUCGAUUUCAGCCAAGAAAAUCAAUCUGAUUUUAACUUGAAACAUAUUCAAGUUCUGCUAGUGGAACUGUUUUUGGCUGGUACAGAAACUAGUGCCAUAACGACUGAAUGGGCAUUAGCUGAGCUAAUAAGCCAUCCACACAUAAUGUUGAAACUACGCGAUGAAAUCUCUGAGAUGGUCAGAAAAAGGGGAACAAUUGAAGAAACGGAGAUUCUUCGACUACCCUAUCUGCAGGCUGUUGUUAAGGAGACAAUGAGAUUGCACCUUGCAGUGCCUUUUCUGGUUCCCCAUAAGACCGAAGAAGAUGUAAACAUAAGUGGCUACGUCGUACCCAAGGACACACAAGUUUUGGUGAAUGCAUGGGCUAUAGCUAGAGACUCUGAUACUUGGGACAAGCCUACAUGUUUUAUACCAGAGAGGUUCUUGAAAAGUGGAAUGGAUUUCAAGGGCCAAACUUUCUCCUUCCUCCCGUUUGGUUCAGGGCGUCGGAUGUGCCCUGGAAUGCCACUUGCUCACAGAGUGGUGAGCUUGAUGAUAGUUUCCCUUGUUCAUUAUUUUGAAUGGAAACUUCCCAAUGAAUCAACAGAACCUGAGGGCUUAGACAUGACUGAAAGUUUUUCAUUAACAUUGCAGAAGGCUAAGCCUCUUGUUGCUGUUCCCACCGCAAGGCCUUAA